AUGCCCCGUCGCAACACUAUCAGGGCCGACGACCUCGACUUUGAGAUCCACGUUGAUCCAUCGUGCUUAAGCGAUCCUAUGGACGAUAACGAAAACAAGGCCCCCGAGGAGCCAAAGGUGCAGAUCGAAAACACCACCAACCAAGAGUCCGAGUCCCCCAACACCCACAUUGAUAUAGAAGACCACCGCCACUCGACGGCUGAAGCCAAGGUCGAUUCUACGACUGAAGCUACCGAAGAGGAUAAAUCUACCAUAACAGAACAAGACAUCGAACAAUCAGCUGUACCAGACGCUGAAUUAAAGGCUGAACCAGCUUCAGAAUCCGAACAGGAAUCAUCCGACUCGGAAUCUGAAGUUGAAUCUGACCAAGAAGCCGAACCUCAAGUCGUUUUAGAAAAAGACACCGACGAAGCUACUGAACAGCCACCGGUAGAAGCAGAAGAACCUGCAUCUGAGGCUGAAAUCGACACCCCGGCCCCAGACAUUUCAUUGGACGAUACAGAAGAUAAAGACGACGAGGAACCUACCCCUGUCCAAAACGUCACUACCGCUGAGGACACUACCGAAGCUCCAAUUGAGGACACCUCUUCGGCAGAUAUCUCCACCGAAGACAUUUCUCUACAAGACGUUACCUCUGAGGAUCUCGACGACGACGAGCUUGUCGAGGAAGACAAGGACAAGUCUACCGCCGAGGUAGAAGAGUCUAUCGAGGAUAACGAAGAGCAACACUUUUCUGAGACAGAAUCAGACAUUUCUGGGUCCAGACGUGUGUCUUCUGGCUCAUCCGGAUCCAGCUACUCUGACCGUCUAUCCACUCGCUCUGAAGCUAUUCAGGAAGUCGCUCGUGAUAUCGCCUCCCAGAUUGAUAACCACGAGAAGCGAGAAUCCUUGAGCAGAUACUCCGAGGUGGACGACGAUAGUUAUAUAUCCCACACCAAAACUAUCAGUGCUCGUCAAUCAGACGCCAACAUGGCUCGCUCGGUCAAGAGCGGUGUGGACGAGGCUGGCGAAAACAGCUCCCAUCACGAGCACGAAGACGACGUUUUUAGCGACCGAAGUCCUCGAAGCUCAGUGGGUUCCGUAUCCGAAGGUGAUCAUCGGAAAGCCCAGGAUGCCAUGCACCGGAUGACCAGGUCCCCCCGUGUCUCGGGUAUCUCUGGCAUCUCUGGCUUCUCUGAGUACGACAGGGAAGAUGAGGAUUUUAUCCCCACUAUUCGAGGUAACCCUCGACCUAUAUUCCGGUCACCUUCCUCUGUCAAGGCCAUGCAAAUGUCAUCGCCUCCAGGCUCAACUGUCGGCGGCUCUCCUCGCUCUGGUCGAAGGGCACCUCUCCCAAGCUCGUCCAGAAUGAGUUCUCCUCGCUUCUCAGAGCAAUAUUCGCCUAAGAGGACACCGCCUCGCUUCAAGAGAUCUACACCGCCACUUGUACUUCUCCAUGUCACACUCCUUCCUCUUCGGUGGCCUUGGGGUGAAGUUCUUGAGAAUGCAGACCCAGAGGAGCUGAGUAAGGAAUGCAAGACAAUCAAAGAUGCAUGGCGAACACUUCAGAACCGAAUGGCAGAUACCACCGUUGAGCGUGGUAUCCUCUUGCCUCAUCCUCAGAACGACUAUGAGGUUCUCGAGGAACGGUUACUGGAGGCACUUGAGCUUCCCUUGAGACGUCGUGCUCGCAUCCUCGAAUGCGGUCAUUAUCUCGGCCCCUCCAACAUGAUGACCAUUGAGGAUUCGGAUUCGGAGAGUGACGAGGAUGAAGAGGAAGAUGAAGAAGAGGCUGAGAGGCGCAGGGAAAGCCGUCGCCAAUCACAACCUACACAUUGGUGCAAGACCUGUAAAUCUGACAUUCACUACGAAUCUCUGGGCCAGGGCAAGAUUUUUCGUGUCAAGGUAUACGCCAGCAACGGUUUGAUCCGUGGCGGUGCCUGGGAAGCUUGCUGGAAAGAGAUGGAGCGAGUUGACGUCGAACUUGAGCCUCUUGUUGAUGCAGUAUCCCAGCAUGAGCUUGUACAAUUAGAGGCUGAUCAGGAGCGAGACUUGGCCAUGAGAGAAGCUGAAGAGGAGGAGAGAUAUGUCAGGUUGGAAGAGGAGCGCAGGGAGUUCGAAUCGAGGGAGCGAGGACGCGUAACUACAAGACGAGGAGAGUCCCAUGGACCUAUCGAGGACCUCAGCAUGAAUGAGGGAGAGUCACAUCUGAACCACGAUGAGAGCCAUGCCGCCGACAUCGCCAAGGAGGCUGCUGAUGCUGAGCAGAGCAGAUCCUUUGAUGAUCUCGAGAAGGACAUCGAUGAGCAUCUCCAAGAAGAACGCGAGAGGAGUCGGGCCGAAGAAGCAUCUGGUCCGCCUUCACCCGAGGCUCCUCCUGGUUCGCAAAAGCACCAUGGAGAUGCGCAGCGUUCCUUUGACUCACAAUCCCAGCAGCAUAGUUCCUCUGAGGACCGCCAAAAGGCAAUGAAGAACGCAACUCUCCCACAGCUCUUGGCUGAGUCGGCUCGUGUCGCGAUGCAAGAUAAGAAAAACAUCUUGAUCGGCUUGCUCAGCAUUCUCAUUUUACUCCUUGCUAUCCGUGGAGGUCCUGGAUCCCGACAAAGCCCCGACACCUUUGAGUUUAUUAGGAAUGCGGAGGUCCCUACCGUCGCAGUAACACAGGACGUGAAGUUGGAGACUGUUAACCCCGUUGAGGAUAUGGCUGCUUCUGUAGCUGCCGCCAUUGAGGAGGAGAGCAGCGUUCAAUCUGAUGUUCCCGAGGAGAGUGUUAUUGUUGAGGAUACACCUGCUUCUGAGGAGGAGGAUGGUGCCGAGGAGGAGCAAGUCAAGCCUGUUAUCGACAGUUCUGCCCCUGGCGCCGUUGGCGAUGCCAUUCCUCCACUCGAGGCUCCUUCCUGUUCGGAGCGCAUUGUUCGUAUCGUGGAGACGGUUACUGCUGUCGAAACGGCGACUGUUUAUGCUUCCGAGAUGCCUUCUAUGGAGGCACAGGCUGCGGAGGUUGUCAACGAUGAAAACAUUAAUGAGGACCAGGCACAGGAGAGCAUGGUAGCCGAAGCCGAGGUUGUUGCCGAUGACUCUGAGGCUUCCGCUGAACAGGAGUCCAUGGAAGAGGCACCUUCUUCCGAGGAGACUACUAUUGUUUCUGAAGAAGAUGACAUUGUCGAGGAAGCCGAGGAAGAGGAUGCUCAUGAGACUGUGUCGCCUACUGACGAGUCUUUACGUGAUCUCCAAGAAAAGAUGUCUCUCGUGACAGCCGCCCCAAAGGGAUCAUUUUUUGACGAGGAUGCCCCUGAACAGACAGCGGCUUCAUUGGAAGAGGAGGAUGACGAGGAGCUCUGA